AUGUCAUUUAUUGAACAAGAUAAGCGUGAUAAGGUCAUACUACUGACAAGCACGGCAAAACACGGAGUCAAAAGGCAGAGAAGAGAAGCGCUUGUACAGAGCUUUUCAAAGAAACGAAUACUCAUUAGGCGGACUCUGGGAAAACCCAAUUUGACCAACCCUACAUCACAAGGAGAAGACAAACGGAUCACACUUCCAUAA